CCCUCUCGAUCGCUUGACCUCGUCAUACACCAUCGACUCCUCUACUGAGAUUCACUCAGUAUACCUCAUUACAGCUGAAGAGCCUUGAUAGUACGGCCGGUUUCAAGCCAAACCCCUCGACCUUCCUCGAUCUGCUACUCUAGAAUCGAUGCUUGUGACUGUUGCGAUAGCAACCAUCCCUCUAAAUAGCAUCGUAUUGCCCGAUAUACGAGCGUGAGCCCAACUCACUACCCUCACCUCAUUCGCCUUAUUACUACAUUAUCCCAAUCCUCACGGGAAUACCUACUUGGUGACCGCGACAGAGGAGAUUUGCCCUUAGCAUUAUUUCUAUACAAUAUAACCUAACUAAUGAAAGAAAUACCUCAAAAUAAUGUGACCAGCUUCCAUCUGAUGCAAUAUGACAUUAGACCUUAGGGCUGAUAUGUAACGAAAAGGACCGGUUUCUGCCAGGUAUGGCUAUGGCAGAUGAGGAUCUGCAUAAAAAUAGCAAUAUCGCAGGCUCUCCUGAGCAUCCUACGAACCGAAUACGAAACGCCGGCAUUGGCAUAGAUCACAAGCAUACAGGCUGAUAUGGAAGAUUACAAGAAAAUAGCUUAUACGAUUUCGAAAGGAGCUUGAUCUGUAGUCCUUAUACAUUGGAAGGAUGGAUAUUGUGAUCGAGAUUGUUCCGAGGAUCAAUUGGCCCAGGGUGCUGCUUACAGCAGGACUUCUACAGCAUUAGAAUGGGUACAGUAUAAUCUAUGCUACAGGGUCUCAUUUCUGUAAAGGGAAGGUUUUUUGGAUUCAGCUACACGGGAGAUGGCCGUAAGCUGAGGUGUGUUCCUACACCAACCUCCAAUCUCCCCUUACAUCGGUCUUGCCAUAGGAUCAGCAGUUCAAUAUCCUACUUUUGACAGGAUGGUUUGUUGGCGCCGGAGUAGAUACACGAUCACCUGGAGCUGCGCAGUUUCAUAUCUACAAAGGGAAGGUUCUUUUGGCACGCUGGAGAGGCGAGAAGGGGCCAUUGGGAAUAUACACACUUUAUCACCGAUAAUCGAGAAAUAACAUUAGGGAAAUGUCUUGUGCGAGAAGUGCUGUGUCAGGACCAAAGUGUUUACAUCAUGAGAGCAUGCGAAAGCUUGCAGAGGAUGGUCUUUCUAGCAAUCCACGUCAAACUGCUACUGCGACUUCGAUAAUUUUGAUCGUACGAGCCAAAGUACACUGAGCUCCACACCUCUGUCCAAUCCGCCUCUAUCCUCCUUGCCGUUGCACAUCUCCAACCCUCUCGACUAUGUGCUCGAUAGCGCUAAUGACGAGGAGCUCGUUUCGAUCUUUCCCGGCUCCUUGCCAAGUAUUGCUCAAUCGUAAAAAUACCUUAUGAUAAUAAUAUAUCUGCCUAAUUGCUCAGCUAUGUUAUGAAUUGCUUUAUUGUAAAGCAGAACCAAUUGGAUAACCUUUUUGUGUUCUAAAACGAGUUAUAGGCGGCGUAUACCUUGAAUUGGGCUGAUUUAUGAUGAGAUAGAGCGAUCUCUACCAAAGAUGCUUCAGCCUUCUAUAUGUUCUAAAGCAAACGGCCAAACACUAGCGGUUCAAGAACUUGAGGCGCAUAUAGAUGGGACGUGGGUGGUCACAAGGGUCGUGGUAGGCUGUAGAAGCGGAUUGGUGGUGCAACAUGCUUGAUGUUUCUGCCAGGAUGUAGUUCGCUUGGAGCUGUUUAUUUCUGCAAUGGGAGCGUCCGCCGGUUAUGGCAUGCACGAUAGAGAGCUGAGGAGAAUUGCAGGUUGAAAUAGGCAAAAGCAUAAGGAGAGAACGCGGAAGGCUGCAAAUAGUGCGCUUAAGUAAGUAGGUCGAAAAUUGUACAUAAACUUUUCGUUUUCCCCGUUCUGCUUUUUUUUGUGCAUCCCUCCUCCGAGCCAUUUGACUUGACAUCAGUAGCCACAGAGAUCAGACAGUUUCUUGAAUAUCGUAAAUCACUUUCGCAUCCCUCAAAAUGACUUCUUUUCAACCUAUUCCUUAAACCUAUGUACCAACUGCCCCACGUUCCAAGAAGGCAACACUCAGAAGCAAUAUAUUCUUCCUACCAAGGAGCCACGUAAUAAGUCAAGAAAGAGAAAUGGCGAUGACGAUUCAGGCUACAGUUUGGAAGAUCGAGAUCAACACCGUUUGCAACAACAACGACGAUGAUUUCAACUUCGUUCUUUCUACACGAUAUAGCCCAUUACAAGUGAAUCUACGAGAGGUCUUGCGUUUGGGACAGGAGGUCCGGGAUGAUGAGAUGACUUUUCAGAACAUCGACAACAACGGUCCUACCUCAACAGAGACAAUCAUGAUCCUCAAUUAUAUCUGGGAGCCUCGACAGGACUUCCUUAAAGUUAGGAUAUUCAAGGUAUGCGUGUUAACUCUUGAUAACGAUGAUAAGACAGUCUUCUGA